AUGACUCCAGUCAAAAUGAGUUCUUCUCACAAAGUGACUAAGAUCUCCCCAAAGGACGUGUUAAUUACGAAGACCUUCCUGGAAAAGACCUGCGACAAUUUGUAUCUGGAGAUAAUGCAAGAAGCAUCCCCUCCCUUAUCCCCCAUGUCUCCUCCAGAGUGCGAAAUACCUGGUCCAAGACUAACGGAAAACGCCUCUUUGAACUCAACGAAAAUGGUCAACGACAACCAAGUGCCAAUCAUGGAGAUUCUGGUAAUUCUCGAAGACUUACAAAAGCAACACUUUAAUGCUGAAGCCAACAUAAGGCACAGUCAUCGUCAAUUGGCUAUUCUAAUCAUAAAUCAAGCUCACGAAAAAUUUCUUCUCAAAAAUAACAAACUCAAUUAUUCUCGCUUCCGGUCCAUUCUGGUCAAAUCUCAAGUACCCUUAUCCAUAUCCAGGUCCAGACCGUUUAUGAAAACUCUACAAGCUCUAGAUCCAUGGUCUCGUUAA